AACAGGAGAAGGAGUGUCCUUUGGAAUUUCUAUGAAGAGCUUGGAUCGACUGGACAACGUUGCAAACUUUGCUCCAAGAUAUUGAGUAAAAACAUGGCUAGGCAUUUGCGUUUGAAGCAUCCUAAAGUUUAUCGACAAAUGCAAGGUAGUUUGGAAAAGAGGAAAAAGCCAGCUUACGAGAGACCAAAAUCAUACAGAUGUUGGGUAAAGAAAUACUGCAGCAAAAUUGGUGAUAGAAAGUACCAAUGCGAUAUAUGUGAUAAAAUACUAAGUCUACCAAACGGACUCUUUGGUAAUAUGAAGCGUCACAUUCGUAGCAAACAUCCUUAUGUUUAUGAUCAGGAAGUUAAUGAUUUGAUUGGUAUCAGGAUAGAAACUGUAGAUACCCCAGCUUCUGACACCAAAGAGUAUUUAGAAGACGUGGAAGAGUUUACAACAAAUAAAUCGGAAGAAGGAGGUGACGAGGACUCAGCACAAGAAGAAGCAGACUCCGAAUUAGAACAGGUUGAUAGUGGAACCGUGUUGAACGAAGCUGAUCCCAAUUUCGAAGAGAAAAUUAAAUAUUUUUGUACUAAACCUGUUUCGGGUAAAAAAAGAGCAUCGAAUCCUAUGUGGAAUUUCUUUGAAACGAUUGAGGAGAAUCAUUUGUACAUGUGCUUGGGUUGCAACAAACAGUUAUCAAUUUACCCCCAUAGUAUCGCUAAUUUGAAGCGACACAUUAAAAUGAAGCACAAGAAACAGUACGAAUACAUGAUGAAAUAUUUGACACCGCGCAAAAGUUGUAUUGAAAAAGCAGACGAAGAAGAAGCACCACUUAGCUUUGACAAAUACUACUUCGACCUUGAAAGCGAAGGACAUUACAAAUGCAAAGAAUGUUCAGAAGUAAUACAAAGCACCGAAGAAGACCAGUCGUCCUUAUUUAACCACAUUAAAGAUAAUCACCCAGACCAGAUAUUAGCGUAUCAGGAGGAAGAAAAUGCUGAAUACAACAUUGUGAUUCUCAAAAAUGAUGAUGUUGCAACGAUUGGACAGUGAAUUUAUGGAUUUUCGUUAAAGGUUCUUGGAUUGAUUACGUUCUUACAAAGGAUGCCUGUGUAGUUACUCGUAUGUGUGCGUUAGUGUAUUAAAUAAGUCUUUUCAUAGGUUUAGGUCUAAGGUUGGCCAGAGCAAAGACAAUUUGUUUAACUGGCGAUUUUCGGAUGUUUGAAUUGCACACGUCGUGCCCUGCGUACCCAAACACUGCACGCUUCAGGAUUUAAAGACGUUUAUUAGUGACAUGGCCAGUUCUGGACUUCAGUAAUAGAGUAUAUACUUACAUACGAAGGAGAAUAUUGCAUUUGUUUAAAUAGGAUAUCUUGCGUUGGUAAAUUUUCUCAUACAUAAUUUUGUGUUGGAUUUUUGCCGAUCACAUAUAUAUUUUAUGGUAUUGAAACAAUCAGAUGGUCCACGUGAUUAAAAGUGAUAAUUGCCUUCUCUGUGAUAUCAAGAGAAUACAUAUUAUUCGUAAUGAAUAUUUUCUUGGAAUGAAUCAUAACGACGUCGUUUUCGCUAUUCGCUAAAAAUCAAUACAAUUGCGGUGUAAUGAAAGUAAUUGGCUUAAUAAUACUAAGGUAAUUUUUGGGACUAAGUGUAAGUGUUAAUUAUUCUCAUCACAUUUUCGUAGAAUAAUAGUUAUUUGUUAUGCAAGGCUGCAAAGUUGUUUAACGCGAGUGCUUGUAUUGAAACCUGAGCAAGCGAAGGAAGCUUAGAUUG